UUCAUCAACAUUUGUCAGCAGCAAAAUGAAAGGCCUUUCUUUGUUCUUCUGCUUUUCUCUUUUCAUUGUCGCUUUCAUAAGAGAAGCCGACUCAGCUUCUCAAGCACAAAACAAUGGCAUUUAUAUUGUUUAUAUGGGUGCUGCGGCUUCUUCUAACGGUGGUACCAGACAUGAUCAAGCGCAGCUUAUCAGCUCCUUGAUCAGAAGGAACAAGAAUGCAGUGGUACACAGCUACAACAAUGGUUUCUCAGGAUUCGCGGCACGUUUAUCAGAAGCUGAAGCUAAAUCCAUGGCUCAAAGACCUGGAGUUAUCUCUGUAUUUCCUGAUCCAGUACUGCAACUCCACACUACACAUUCAUGGGAUUUCUUGAAGUAUCAAACUGAUGAAAAAAUCAAUUCAAGUCCAAGCUCUGGUUCUGAUUCAUCAUUAAUUGGAGCUGAUACCAUAAUUGGCAUAUUGGAUACGGGUAUAUGGCCAGAAUCUGAGAGUUUCAAUGACAAGGAUAUGGGUCCAAUUCCAGCCCGGUGGAAUGGAACUUGCAUGGAUGGUCAAGAUUUUGGCUCUUCAAAAUGCAACAAGAAGAUAGUUGGUGCAAGAUUUUAUGAGGAGUCUGAUGACAGUGGAAUAAAAAUCGCUGGAUCAGCCAGGGACGAGAACGGACAUGGUACUCAUGUUGCGUCUACUGCAGCUGGGAGUCCUGUUGCAGGUGCAUCCUACUAUGGCCUAGCUGCAGGAACUGCCACGGGUGGAUCUCCUGGUUCAAGGAUUGCCAUGUAUCGUGUCUGUACUACUUUUGGAUGCCGUGGAUCAGCUAUCAUGAAAGCAUUCGAUGACGCAAUUGCAGAUGGGGUUGAUGUUUUAUCACUAUCACUUGGUUCAUCACCCGGACUUGAACCUGAUUUUCCGAGCAAUCCUAUUGCCAUAGGAGCAUUUCAUGCCGUAGAAAAGGGCAUUGUUGUUGUUUGCUCUGCUGGAAAUAGUGGCCCUGGCCCAAAAACUGUUGUCAAUACAGCUCCUUGGAUUCUAACGGUUGCAGCCACCACCAUUGAUCGUGACUUCGAGACAGAUAUUGUCUUGGGUGGAAACAAGCUUAUUAAGGGUGGAGGUAUAAACUUUGGUAACAUGACAAAAUCGUCAGUCUACCCUUUGAUUCAUGGCAAUUCAACCAAAUCAAACAAUAAUGUUUCUGAGGCGGAUGCAAGGAGUUGUGUUCCUGGUUCAUUAGAUGAAAACAAAGUCAAGGGGAAGAUUGUUCUUUGUGAAAAUCUUGAUGAUGGCGAAUAUUUUCCCAGUGACAAGCUAGACGAAGUGAAGAGUCGAGGUGGAGUUGGAUUUAUACUAAUAGAUGAUGAUGAAAGAACUGUGGC